AUGGAGUUCACACUCUGUUUUCCCUCCGCCGACCAUUUGGCCUCCACACCACAAAUUGGCUCCCUUCACUUUACUCAACCUCUCGCCAUGGCCGUCGCGGCACCUAAAUUUUCUAUCUCCGGCCUUUCCAGCACCGCCCCCCGCCGCCACAAGCCCGAGUUCGCGAAGCCCUCGUCCGAAUUUCACCCGACACCUAAUCGCGCCGGAGUUAGGGUUGUAAAAUGCAAGGCUGCCUAUGUGUCGCCGCCUUCUUCGUCUUCUUCUGCGGCGGCGCCGGCGGUUGGGGAUAAAGGGAAGAGCUGGGUGCCCGUGGUGCCCCUGGCGGCGCUCCCCAAGGGGGAGCGGCGCGUGAUCAUACAGGACGGUGAGACGGUGUUGCUGUUGUGGUACAAAGACGACGUUUUUGCCAUAGAGAAUAGAUCUCCAGCUGAGGGCGCCUAUUCUGAGGGCUUGCUCAAUGCAAAGCUCACUCAGGAUGGAUGUAUUGUUUGCCCGACAACUGAUAGCACGUUUGAUUUGCGGACGGGAGACAUUAAAGUGUGGUAUCCUAAGAAUCCUGUACUUAGGGCACUCACUCCACCUCUAAGAACGUUAUUUGUAUAUCCUGUGAAAACUGAUGGCGAGAAUAUAUACAUAAGCAUUAACAGAAGCUUGCAAUCUGAUAUGUCUACUGAAAUAGUUUUCAGUGGGAAAGCUAAUCCCGGUGUCACAGCCUCAGAUGUAAAUGUUGAUGAGGUAAAAAUGAUUGUUGAUGAAGACCUCGGAGGUUUUGGUUUCACAGGGAAGAAUGAAUUGAUAAACGGGAAAGCAGCAGCAAUCGGUUUCUUGUUGCUAUUGGAUUUUGAACUGCUGACCGGUAAAGGCCUACUCAAGGGAACCGGUUUUUUGGAUUUCAUUUACUCUAUUUCAAAUGCUCUUCAAUGA